ACACUGCUGCUGACGUUUGACAGUACAACUACACGAAACAUAAAACAAAAAAUUUUACGAGUAAGAGCAUAAAACAUAUAAUACUUGGAUCAAAAUUGUUUAAAUAAAGGAGCUGCCCAAAAGGAGCACAAAAAUGACACGUGGCAAUCAACGAGACCUGGCGCGCGCCAAAAACCAAAAGAAGUUGGCUGAACAGACCAAAGGCAAGCGCACAGAUAGCCUCACGGUAGAACAACGCAAAGCCCGGGACGCCGAAGUAAUGCGAGAGAAGCAAAAGAAAAAAGAGGAGGACGCGGCGGCUGCUGCUGCUGCUGCAGCUUCUGGGAAGAGCAAAUAAAAACGUUAAUUCCAGUACCAGCUAGAACAGCGUGCAUCCGUGCAAUCUUUGUAGGUCACACAAAAUUUUCGUUAGGCAUAGUCAGUUUUAAAAGAAAGCAAAGCAAAAGCAGCAGUCGCAAUCCGGAGGCACCGAUCGAGGCCAGCGAUCGACUCCAGGAUAGUCAAUGUCAAAUCAAAUUGGUUAAAUUGCGCAAAAAAGUGAAUUACAAGCUACAAAGCAGACGUAUAUCAAUAACUACGCACCCCUAGAGAGGACACACACAAAGAAGGGCUCGUUUUCUUUAAUGUUACGCUAUACUGCUAAACAAUUAAUUAUCUUAAUUAUUUCUCUAUAUACCUGACUAAAUUAUUUACUGUAAAAUAUAUACAUUUUCAAAUAAAACAUAAUAUACAGCCAAAACA